GGUGAGCGUACGGCACGCCCAGGAAGGCGUACACGUCCAUGUAGCCGAACACCUUGUGACUGAGUCCCUGGACGCGACCGAAGCGACCGCUCACGACAACGUUCUCCACGCCGGAAUUGGGGGGCCUGCUGACGAACAUGGGACUGCAACGAGCAGGAGGAGGCAUUCUCGGACGUCCGCAGCCUGAUCGCGUCACUCUAUAGGAUCCAAAAGGGCGAAAGACAUCAUCUGCGAUGGGCGACAGCGCUGAUCGAGUGGAGCCAGCGAUUUACUUGAGAGCCUAUUACCGCUUGGUGCAGAUGGCAGUGUCGGCAAUGACUGUGGAAGUCACUGACACCAGCCUAAUCAACGCCAUCCUGACAAGAAAGGAAACCGAACACGAGCUCCUCACGUACAUAACCGCACUGUUCACGGACCAGCCGAUACUGUGCCUAGUGGGCCUGGUCCAGUCGGUGCUCAUGAUCGUCUCCUUCGUGGGCGGCUUCUUCUUUGUGCUCGCCCGCAUGGUGGGCGCGUUUGGCGGCCGCAAGGUGCAGAACAUCACCACAACGUACAUGCGCGUGCUGCACUUCUACACCGUCCUCAUGGUGCUGCUGCUUUCCUUGAACGCUGUCUCCAUCUUCUGGCUGUGGGGCAGCGCCAACCACUUUUCCGCCGCCGUGGCAAAGAGCGAAAAAAUCAUACAGCCAGGCGUCAACGACGUGCGGAGCUACAUCGUCGAAACUAUCAAGAACCUGAAAAGCACUCUUGCCGAUCUAAAGUCAACGAGGGAACAAAUGUUCAGCCUCGUGACCUCUGGAAACGAAGAGUACCGGAAGAGCAUCACUUAUCACGCUGACCAAGUGCUAACCGACUGUGGCCUUCCAACGCCAUCUGUACUCGCGUCGCUGAAGGACUUUCUUGACGGUGUCAGACAAGAAUGCGCGUCGGAUACUUCGUGCAAGAAGAAUGUGGACGAGGCAGAAGCGGCCAGAAAGAAUAUACUCAACGUGACGCGAACAAUUCACGAAGAUUUCCAAGAAAAAUUCAACGCCUCCGUAGAAAGCUUCCUGUUGCUCUCUCCUAUUCAGACCGAGUUCGACGACAUAGACCGCAAUGACUUGGGCAGGAUCAAGAAAAUAAACUUCUUGGAAUCAGCUGUGCUCGCUACACGCUACCCCAACGUGUCAAGCAUGGGUGUCCUCGGCAGCCUGAGUCCGUAUGACGUAGUCUUUGCCAAAGGAGAGGAAUACAGCAAGGUGGCGUCUACGGCGGCCAUUGUGCUGGAGUCCGUCGCAGGCAUAAGCUUCGUCUUGGGAAUCCUCGUCCACAGCCCGGAAAUACCGCCCAACAAGCGCAGCUUCCUCUCCAACCAGUGCGGAAUUCUGCUUGUCGUGAGCACACUCUUCAUGUGGCUCUUCAGCACUGUCAUGGCGCCGUCUUCGGUGCUAUUCAUGAUGGGCGGCGUGAUCUCCCAGAAGUACAUAUGCGAGCCCUAUACUACCAAUCAUUUAACUUUUCUCGACAGCAUCAUACUCACAAUGUUCGUGCCACACCUGGAAGACGACUCCGAUGUGGCACACCAGGCGGAUUAUAACCUCAAGGCCAUCGAGCUCUAUAAUACCACCAUGAAGCCCAGCAUAGUACUCAGGAAGUGCGCCAAAAACGAUACACUGCUGGCGACUACUAGCCUCAGUGACCUCAAGUCACUCGAAGCAGCGUACAUAGUAGCCAAUCCGCCAAAAUAUCUGCUCAAGCUGAUUAACAAGACUGCAUUCAGCGCCAAAGGCUACAGCGAUGACUGGAAGGGUCUCAUAGGAACCGACUUGUCAGACCUGGCGACCCCUGUGGAGAAGCUCGACAACUCGUUGUCUACCGACACGCAUAAAGGUCCCAUAAAGGACAUCUCUAGUGCGAAGGCACACGUGGUCAAAUGGAGGCAGGCCGAGAAGACGUUAUACGACUGCUGGGAGGCCAUGGAGAAUACCAUCAGCGUCAAGAUGAACGACGACCACUACAACUUCAUCCGGGCCAGAGUGGGCGGUCAUCUAAGUACCAUACAGAGGUUGACUGAUCGAUUCUAUGGCCACGUAAGUAGCUGCCUACAAGUGGCCACCAUCUACAAAAGGAGCUUCAACGUCUUUUGCCACGCGAUACUCGCGAACCUGAACGGUGUUUGGUUCGCCCUGUGGCUCGUCAGCCUAUUUUUCUCGGCCACAAUAGUAAUCAACCUUAAGCUCGCCAAGUAUCUGAUGCGAAUGGACGACUACAUGUACGAAGGAGUUGAGGUCGAGGAGUCCGUCGUCAGUCCAGCGGAUGACAAGACGUCGGGUCUGAGCAUCAGCUACGCACCCAGUGCCGCUUCCAAUCUGCCUAUGGGUCCCUACAAGUGGAGACGGCCAAAGAAUGAUCCCGAUGGGCGGUUCCAGAAAUUUGAAAGUCAUCCAUACCAAAAGCCGGACCUCGUGGAAAUACUCGCCUUCCAGGACGACUAUUCUGAUUUGGACGCUGCUCGGUGGGAGAUUGACCGGCUGCGAGAGUAUGUUCCCGAUACGCUUGAGCCCGAGGUGAGGCGCGUCCGCGACAUGCGCCAGCGGCUGGGAAUCCCAGCCAAUCAGCCGUUGCCCAUCGGCGGCCAACAACCCAUACGUACGGGCAUGGGACGGGCCGGGCCCCGAGUCUUGUCACCCAGGGCAGCGGCUCCGCCCGGCGCUCACCGAGCCCCAUAGGCGCCGCACAGGUGCCUCUGGCGGAAGUUCGGGGAUGACUGGAGAAGCACGCCAGAGGAACUGAACUCCCAUUUGCUAGCACCUCGAAAUGCAGUGCUUCAACCGGGCGUCGCGAAACGUGGUAACGUGUACAUGCAGGUUUCACACGAAGUUCCGUGAGCGUCGUUUUCCUAAAUUCCAUCGGCAGCACUCUGACGUCCUGCAAGAACUGCAUGACGCGGCUCUCUGCGCGUAGCGCGCUGGUUUCGUUUGUUGAAUAAGUAUUCAAAACGAUAAGGAUGGUGGUGAUCAUGAUUGUCUUU